CCACAGAAAAACGAGGGGGAGCGACGACGACGCUGGAGCAUAGUAGAUGAGCAUUUACGCCUAGCCCCCCCACCAAACCCAGACGUGGACGUGGCUAAACGAGAGCAAAUUCAGCUGGUCGCGCGUAUAUAUUGGGACGCGAACGCCAACAAGGUCACGGAAUUCAGCAGAGGCGAGCUGCAGAGAGCAGGGGCGGUUCUGGGUUCGGCCAGGAACGAAGAAAGGAGGCGGAUUGGGAUGAGAAUGGUGGGCGUCGGCGACGUUGCCAAGCCGCGAGGAGAAGCGGGAGGCGGAGAUGGAGAUGGUGGGGAGAGAGACAGCGUGAGGGUGUGCGGGAUGCAGUUCGCGUACGAAGGGCAGCCCCCGCUGUUCCUCGACUUCAACCUCUCCGUGUCUCCUGGAUCUCGUUGCCUCCUCCUCGGCGCCAAUGGGUCGGGCAAGACCACUUUACUGAAAAUUCUCGCAGGCAAGAACAUGGUCGGAGGUCAGAACGUAGUCCGAGUACUGAAUCGCUCUGCUUUUCAUGAUACUCAAUUGGUCUGCAGCGGUGACUUGGCCUACUUGGGAGGAUCUUGGAGUAAAACGGUUGGCUCUGCUGGAGAGAUUCCACUACAGGGAGACUUCUCUGCAGAACAUAUGAUAUUUGGAGUUGAAGGGGCUGAUCCGGUGAGGAGAGAAAAGUUGAUUGACUUGCUUGAUAUUGAUCUACAAUGGAGAAUGCACAAGGUUUCGGAUGGGCAGCGUCGGCGUGUCCAGAUUUGCAUGGGUCUUCUUCAUCCAUUUCAGGUUCUUCUACUUGAUGAGGUUACAGUUGAUCUCGAUGUUGUCACUCGGAUGGAUUUCCUUGAUUUCUUGAGGGAAGAGUGUGAUCAGAGAGGAGCUGCAAUAGUAUAUGCGACGCACAUAUUUGACGGGCUGGAGACUUGGGCGACUCAUCUUGUUUACAUCCAAGAUGGUGAAUUGAGAAGGCGGGAGAGGCUGACGGAGGUUGAUGAUUUGAAGAGCUCAGCUAAUCUUCACUCAGUUGUCGAGGCCUGGUUGCGGUCAGAGACGAAGCGUGAGAAGAAGAAACCGGUGACUACUUCUUCCCAGCCCCAGAGAACAUCUCUAUCUGGUGCUUCUCCUUUUACAUCGUCGAGACACAUGGCUUAUUAUCGAUGAUUCCAGUGGUUAAUAUAAAGCAGGAUAGAAGAAUAAUAUUUGCAUUUAUCAUAAGGAUAUAGUUGCACAUGUGAUGAGAAUGAGAUUGCAUGUUGCAAAAAACUAUAGUUUCACCUGCACCGUUUGGUUUAUGUUGUUGAUGUUUGUAUUGCCUUUUCUCCAUGCCUCAGAAAUUUACGAGUGUUUUAAGGCAUCUUUUGAUUAUA